AUGCAUGUCUUUAAAAUAAUCAAAUUUUCAGCCCAAGAUUUCUCACUUCAACUUAAAAUUUGUAGUGAAUAUAUAAGAGGGCAUAUAAAGUAGAUCACAAUGUCUCAACUUGGCUUUAUCAUGAAGGGUCUUGCUCUUGUAUAUCAUCUUCAACUUAUGGAACUUGAAAAGGACUCAAAGAGUCUAUUAUCAAUGUUAAACGGUGAUUAUUUAUGGAACAAUUAUGUCAAGAAGCAAUAAAACUUAAAGAAAAAUACAAAGAUAAAUACAAAAAUAUCAGGAAUGAAAGGUAAAAAUGCUGCUGGUAAAAAUAGGAUUAAUAAUAUCAGCAAUAUGGCUCAUUUUAAAGUUAUGGAUAUUAGAUAACUUCUGAAUUAUACUAGAGACAGAUUAGAUUUUUACUCAAGUUAACAUUCAGAGAAGCUGAUUGAAUGCUAGGAAGAUAUUGAUAUGAAGUAGAUAGAACUAAGGAAAAAAGUCAAUGAUGUUUUCCAUAACUUUCAUGAUGAUUAUCAAAACAUAGACAUGAAUGAUGACAUUUACAAUAUGAAAAAUCCAGAAGGCAUAAAUUAUGAUGAAUUAAUGAAGGAACAGCUGCAAAAUCUAAUGUCCUAAGAUUUCGGUCUAGAUUUUAAGUUUGAUUCUGACAAAGAGGAACAAGGAAAGCCUUUUGAAAUUCUAUCAAAGUACUUUAUCACUGAUUAAAAGGACAUAUCUUUGAAUGAAUCUAUUCAGGACAAAAUGAAUGCUGCUCUAAGUUAAGACAGUAUUUUUAAACAAAAUGAACAAAAAAUUAUGAGUGAUAACUAUUUCGAUGAUUUCAAUAAUAUUAUUUGUAGUGAUCAUGAUUAAACCCUAAAACCAGAAAAAAGAGGCAAUGGCGUAUUAUAUAACAAGAAUUUUUAAGAUUUCUUAAUGGGAUUCGAUAAAUAGUCAAUUAAAAAGAGACCUUUAUUAUUUAAAGGAUUAGAUUUCUUCGAAGCCUAGGUAUCUCUCAUAUUAAAGAAAGAUUUAAAGUCGGUUAAAAAAAGCAAGAAUGACUUAUUCGAUGACUUUAUUCUUGAUCUGUUUUCCUGUAAGAACAAUGUGAGCAUAGAUGUUUAGAGAUAUUACUCAUCUGAAAAUGACACAAGAGCUGAUAGCAUGAUCCCUCUUGAUUAGUCACUAAUUAUAUCAACUACUAAGAAGCAAUAGCUUAGUUUACUUCUUUAAAACUUAGGUUCCUCAGAUGGCUAGAAUAAUUUUGAUGUUUCUGAGAUUAGAGGAGGUGCAGCAGUUUCCUCAUCAUCUAAUUAAUAUUCUUCCACUAACUAGUUGAGAGUAGCAAUAGGAGACAAUGAUCUUAAGCCUUAAAAACUAGAUUUUAAUUAGUAUGAGCAAGUUAGCAAUGAUGUAUUUAUGUAAUAAUUCAUCUAAUUCUUUCCAAAUGAUCCUCAAAUGAACAUUGACGAUCCUUUGAUUAAAGAUACAACGAAUAUGGACAUUGACUUCCAGCAUUUGAAAGAGCUAGAAACUUCUAACAUGUUCUCAAGGGUUCAUCAUAACUAUAACAUUCAAAAGCACAUGACAGAGAAGAGAUUGGCUAUUCUUGAGCAAAUUAACAAAAAACUUCAGAAAUCUAGAGCUGAUCAUAUAACUUUUGAUGAAAUUGUUUGCAAAAAGACCACUAAACAUGAAGCUUGUGAGUAUUUUUUGAGUUUACUAAUCUUUCAGUAAGCUGGAGUUUGUGAAAUUAAGCAAAAUAAACUUAGAGACUAGUUUUCUAUUGAGUCUUUCCACCCUAUUAAAAUCUAUAAAAUGGUUUGA